GCUGUUUAAGCUUAAACGUUGGAUCCAAAUAAUCAUAAAAUUGGGUAAAAAAGAAGGCAAUAGCAAAAUAAUAUUCAUCGGCAAUAUGGCCGAGUUAUUGUCGCGCGAAAAGGAACUCUUUCAUAUCAAUCAAGAACUAAAUCUGAUGGCAUUAAAUCAUCCCAUUGACAACGGUAGCCAGUUCGUCGGUCAAUCCCGCUACUGUACCUACCUCAAGCAGAAGGGCCCCAGCACAUUGCUCAAGAAGAAUUUUUGCGGAACUGCGAAUGCAGAUGGAGCAAUCAGCCAUCGGCAAACUGCGGGACGUGGCCACAGAUCCAAAGGCACUAAGUCACCCAAUAAAAGCGCACCAGCAACGCCAACGCCACCAUCGAUGCUGGUGACAACGCCCAGGAGCAAGCAAACAGCAGCUAUAACGCCACAAUUGACUAAGACUAAGACGUCUGAAUGGCGCUCAGCCAGAUCAAACGGUAAAUAUGGCACAGCAGUAGUAACAACAAAUGCUGCCGCAGCAUUAGCAACAACAACGGCAGCGGCAACAACAAACAACUCGGCUUCUGCUGCUCUUGCUGCUGGACGUAUCGAAGGCACGUUCACUCGCCGUGCCACACACAAGACGGCAACGUUUGUGAAAUACCGCAAUCCGAACUUUAAGCCGAGUCCAUCAUUGGAUCUGCUGCUGCACAAUGGCGGUGGAAUUGAGCUGCAAGAGGCGCAACAGCAGGAACAGCCGCAACAGUUGCAGCCGCAGCUGCAGCAGCAGCAGCAGGUGGAGCUGGAGCUGGUGCAGCAGUCACGAGAGAGCACAACAGUAAUCAGCGGGCAAUCCAAGAAACAGCUGACCCAAGACAACUUCAUCAAAUUUCUCAAGGCCAAAGUCGCCAUUUUGGAGGAGGAUCAUGGUCAGCUCACACAGGAUAUAGCCGAUCAGAAGAAGCAGCUGGAGCAAACGCUCGAAGCAUUGCACAAAGCUGAAAUGCAAAGAGAUCAGGCCAUGAGCACCAAUUCCAAGCUGUCCGAACAGCUGCAUCGCUUGGAAUCGCAAACGGAGGAGGCGGGCCGACGUCAGAAGGAGUGCCAAUCAGAAUACAACAAUCAGCAACACGAGCUGGAAAUUUUGCGACGCGACACCAAAAUACUGAAGCAAACGAAUACCAAUCUGGAGAGCCGUCUAAUGCGCGCCAACGAGGAGGCUGAAUCCACGCGUCAGAGGCUUAACCAGCAAGCGGCACAGCAGCGCGAGGAUCUCGACUACAAUCGAAAGGAACUGAAAGUGAGAGACAAUCGGAUUAAAUCUCUAAAACGCCAGCGUGCAGACCUACUCAAUGCCUAUAAGAAGCAGCUCUUUAUGAUCGACAAUCUGAAGCGUCAGACUAACUGUGUGGAGCAGGCGGUGGCAAUUGGAUUUGGCGAGAAGGAGUUUAACAAGGUGCUCGAAUGGAAUACGGGCACCAAAACGGUAUUUUAGUGUGUGUGUGUGUGUGUGUGUGUGUUUGUAUGUUUGUGUGCGACUCGGGGGUAUAGGUGAAUGUAUGAAAGAGAGAAAUUGCUACUCAAUUGAAUUUUAUAUAUUUUCGGAACUGGUGCAUAUUCGAAUUGCCUGUGCUA